AUGAGCCUCAACCUUCCUAACCCUAGUCUAAUAGGAAUCCUACUAGUUAUCUCAACCCAUAGUGGCCCUCAAUUGGCCUAUAAAUUUCCAACUAAUUUAAAAUCAACCCAUGGAGAGAAGCAUGAUAAUGUAUCAAUCGGUCAGGGGAAAGAUUAUCAGAAUGAUAACACGAAAAACACAGACGACCUCGAGAAUCAACAUAUGGGAGAAUAUUACGAUGAAGAUGACGAAUUGUAUGAAUAUAGAGACGACGAGGAUGAUGUAGAUGACGAGAAUAUGAACAAUUUGGUAGGUGAACUUGAUGAUGAUCGUGAUUUAUAUGGUAUUGAUGCAAGAGUUUGGGAUGUUGAUGAUUUAAAUUACUAUAUGGGUACGAAAUUGGAUCUUAAGAGAUUCUUGGAUGAACAGGAUAACAGAAGAAAACAACAAAUAAAGUCUAAAGAGAGUAAAAUUGGCAUCGAGAAAGUUGAAUUAGACAAGUUUGUUCAUGAGCCAAUCAACCUAUUCAAAUCGAACUCAAAGGCGAGUAUAGCCCAUAGUCAACACAGUUCAGGGUCAAAUACACAAGCCAAAGCUGCAAGUAUUAGUGAAGAUAUCAUGGGCGUUGAUCCUGCCUAUCUUUGUGAAAUGCUAGCUCCACCAACAGCAAUGUGUAAUGCAAGAUUUGAAAUGACAAUAGAGGGGAAAACCUUUUUAGGAUUGCCAAUACACAAGAGUAUUGACGGUGGUUGGAAAACAAGACCAUGGUCCAAUAGUAAACGCUUUGAUCAAAAGACAAGGUCUCGCUCAAACAGUAGACCUGUUGAUCCAAGAGCAAAAGCACAUGAUGUGGCAGAUGAUGAGCCUAAUGGAGAUGUGAAAAGCAAUUUGAACAUGUUCCAUUUGGUAUUUAUCAUGAACCCAUUAACGAUGGAGCACAACUACAGAAUUGAUGAAAUGUUUCAUCAUGUGAUUUCGAAAUUAUCAUUAAUUCUUCGACGCGCCCAGUUGAAGCAUGAUUAUAUUGGACAGGAAGUUAAACGAAUUGUUUCCCUACGCGAGGAAUCUAAUGAUGAAAACAGCUUGGCCGAGAAAUCUUCGCUAUGUAAAUUGAUCCGUGAUUGUUUUAUUAGUAUCAAUUCAUCCAAGGUAGCCAAUUUAAUGAUUAAUGGAAAAUUAAAAUCGUUUCAAAUUCCGGUAAAAACCGAGUUUCAUUCGUUACCUGAUGUGACCGUGCCAUAUAUCCCUGGAUCGUAUCUAUCAUCCACUGUCAACACUUUGAGCAAUUAUGGUCUUUCAAAUGUGGGUGAAUCGUCUCGGUAUGGACAAAAGGACGAAGCGUUUAGAUAUUUGCUUGAAGAUGACGAUUCAGAUGAAGUGGUUAUAUACUUUGCUCUAUUAUUACUCGAUGAGCCAGAGAGUAUCAUCAGAGAUAUACAAACUGCCAACGACUCAAUCCUUGCCCACUUUAUUCGAUCGAUCGAACCUACCGAAUCACUACUAAAACUAUCAAUUCGUUAUCCUCAACUAGAUCUUCGCCAAAUGAAGUCAUUUGCUUUCCAUUUGAUCUACUGGCGAAAAGCUAGGAUUAUCCAACCAUUAUCAAGUCGAUCCGUGUACAUAAUCUCACCAAUGGCACCAUUACCAACCAGACUUUAUGAAGACAUUUCCGAAUUCAACAAGAAGUUCCCCACAUUACCUUCCUUGCCCCAUUUUUUGAAAUUGCUAUCACCUAAAUCAAGAAAGCCGCAACAAUUUGCCGCCAUAAUUCCCUCACGAGACCAUCGAGAUAGCUAUUUGCAUGCAUUGUCCUGGUUAAACCGAUUUGGGUAUGCUACUCAACAAUUGACCUUUAUAUGGUUAAAGAUCUCACGUAAAAUCAAAAUUAAAGUUGAAGAGGAUAUCGAAAAUGAGACAAUUGCCAAGCGUAAAGUGAACAAAUAUGUUGCGGAUGAGAAGACCACCAAAACGACGGAUAAUUCGUCAAAACAAAUUACUAGUACCGAUAACACCAACGUGGUAAACAACGUAGCCAACAUUGCAUCAAAAUCAGACAUUGAAGCAACAAGUGGAUCGAAAUCAAAUAAUACCAACUUGGAUUCAUUGAAAUACCAUUUGAAUAAAUCGGCCUCCUCCGUUACAUUACUCGAAGACGAUGAUACAAUAAUAUUGGAUCCUGGAAGAGCAUCAACUUUGGAACGACGUUGGAUCAAUGAAAUUAUUUUUGAAGAAUGUAAAUUGACCACUGAGUUGACGGCAAUUUUUUAUAAAUUGUUAAAGUAUAUGAAUGGUGAGAGUCCGUUGGAGUUGUUGCUAUUGAAGGAAAAUGUAUCACGACUGGAGUUGAAAAAACUUUUGCUUGCUAUUGAACCUCAUAUAAUUUCAGUAAAACAUUGGUAG